UGAAGCUCUCUGCUCUCACUCUCAGGGGGUGGAUUGCUUUCUCCUUUCUUUUGCUUUUCCUUCCACUCAUUCCUUCUCCCUUCCAUAUGCUGUUUGGUCUAUUUCCUAUCGCUUGCACAAUUACUCUUUCUCUUUCUCAGAUACUCUUUUCUCUUUCUCAGAUGUUUUAUAAUCUAUUUAUUAUUUUAUUGUUUUGGGCUUUCCCAUCCAAAAAGACUUAAAAAAGCUUCUCAAAAGGAAGCCCUCAGCUUUUAUUUCUUUGUCUGCCAUUAGAAUGCCAUAAAUAUAGCGCUUCACUUCCCUUGCCUUCCAUCCCCCACUCGCCACCUCCUUUCUCUCUCUUUUUUUAUAACAUACAAAGCAAGCCACGCUCAUUUUCUCUCUGUCUCUCUGGGCGCCGGAAUCAAGCCUUUAUUCAUUUUUAUUUUCCGGCGAUUUCCUCUGUUUUCUGCUCUGUUUUUUCGUCUUGUCUCUCUACUUGGGCUGUUCUAUGGAAUGGGUUGAUAUUCUGCGUUGGGAAGGUCAUAAAUAUUAGCUCUUUUUCUUCUACUUUCUGCAAAACCAAAUCAGGGUUUGUUUUCUGAUUGGUCCCAUCUUCUCAUCCCGGCAUUCCUCAAAAACUCACCAAAUCCCCAUCAGAGAAAAAGUCUAGCCCUUUAUACGAAAACCAUAAAGGAAAAUGAUCAGUGUUACAGACCUCUACCACGUCCUCACAGCCGUUGUGCCUCUGUACGUGGCCAUGAUCUUAGCCUAUGGCUCAGUAAAAUGGUGGAAGAUCUUUAGCCCAGACCAGUGCUCAGGCAUCAACCGCUUUGUGGCUCUCUUCGCAGUUCCUCUGUUAUCCUUCCACUUCAUCUCGACCAACAACCCCUAUGCCAUGAACUUGAGGUUCAUAGCCGCAGACACACUUCAGAAAGUCAUAGUCUUGGCGGUCCUAGCCAUCUGGUCAAGAACAAGCUCCAGAGGCUGUCUGGAGUGGUCUAUUACCCUCUUCUCGCUUUCCACCCUCCCAAACACUCUGGUUAUGGGCAUCCCUCUGUUGAAGGGUAUGUAUGGAGAUUUCUCAGGGACCUUAAUGGUUCAGAUAGUUGUUCUCCAAUGCAUAAUAUGGUACACUCUGAUGCUCUUUCUGUUCGAGUACAGAGGAGCUAGACUUUUGAUUGUGGAGCAGUUCCCAGACACUGCUGGCUCCAUCAUUUCCUUCAGAGUCGAUUCUGAUAUCAUUUCCUUGGAUGGGAAAGAGCCAUUGCAGACUGAAGCUGAGGUUGGUGAAGAUGGGAAACUCCAUGUGACAGUCAGAAAAUCCACCAGCUCAAGGUCUGAAAUCUUUUCUAGGCGAUCACACGGGCCAAACUCCGGCGUUUCCUUGACUCCUCGGCCAUCAAAUCUAACCAAUGCAGAAAUAUAUUCACUCCAAUCAUCAAGGAACCCAACGCCAAGGAGUUCGAGUUUCAACCACACCGAUUUCUAUUCGAUGAUGAAUGGUAACAAGAACAUGAUCAGCAAUGUGAGCCCACGGCAGUCCAACUUUGGCAACUUGGGUUUUGAUGAGGAGACCGGAGUCGGCGGGUUUGGCAACCCUCCGGCGAGAGUGAAUGGGGUGGGUGGAUAUCCGGCGCCUCCAAGUGCAGGGAUUUUCUCGCCGGUGGUUGGUCCGGGAGCUAAGAAGAAAGCAAAUGGGACAGAGGGUGGUAAAGACCUUCACAUGUUUGUUUGGAGCUCGAGCGCCUCGCCGGUUUCCGAAGGAGGAAUUCAUGUCUUCAGAGGUGGAGAAUAUGGAAAUGAUCUUGGUGGGGUAGCUCACCAAAAAGACUACGAUGAGUAUGGUCGUGACGAGUUUAGCUUCGGGAACAGACCGGUUCCCAAUGGUGUUGAUCGGGAUGGUCCUGUACUUUCUAAGCUUGGUUCUAGUUCAACUGCUGAGCUUCAUCCAAAAGCUGGUCCACAGGGCGAGUCCAAGCCAACAUCUAUGCCACCAGCGAGUGUUAUGACCAGGCUCAUUCUUAUUAUGGUUUGGAGGAAACUCAUCAGAAAUCCCAACACUUACUCCAGCCUAAUUGGUCUCACGUGGUCCUUGGUCUCAUUUAAGUGGAACAUUGUCAUGCCUGCAAUAAUAGCUCGUUCCAUUUCCAUUCUUUCCGAUGCAGGUCUUGGAAUGGCCAUGUUUAGUCUUGGUUUAUUCAUGGCAUUGCAACCUAGGAUUAUAGCAUGUGGAAAAUCCAUUGCCACGUUUUCUAUGGCGGUUCGGUUCCUCACAGGUCCUGCAGUUAUGGCUGCUGCUUCAAUUGCUGUAGGAUUAAGAGGAGUUCUGCUACACGUUGCUAUAGUGCAGGCUGCUCUUCCACAAGGGAUUGUGCCCUUUGUCUUUGCCAAGGAAUACAAUGUUCAUCCUGACAUUCUGAGCACUGGGGUUAUAUUUGGAAUGCUGAUUGCUCUUCCCAUCACUUUGGUUUACUACAUCUUGCUGGGACUAUGAAGAGUGAACAACAGAGAUAGUAGAGCUCACCCCCCCCCCCCCCCCCCCAAUCCCCAUUUUAGUGUUUUGGUUUUUGGCUGUCUAACAGAAGAACGACCAUAGAUUUUGGAAGACCUCUGGAGAAAGAGGAGUAUAGAGGGGAAGAAAAAGAUUACAAGACAAAGGCUUCUCUUCAAACAAGGACGAGGUUAAUAGGGAAAAAGCAAAAGAGGAUUAAGACAAGACAUUAGGGCAUUUGGCGAGCUAGGAUAUUUUUUGUUAUUUAUUGUCAUUUUGGCUUUUCUUCUAUGAACCUUGUGCCUUCACUUUUGCUAUUUUGAUGAAGAAACUGAAGCUUGUUUUGUAGUUGGAGUUAUACUUCUACUUUUAUAAAACUUUUGUAAGGUCCAAAUUAGAUUUCAACCCAAUUGGACUCUCUAUGCAAGAAUAUGAACCAAAAGUGGCUUUUUUUUUACUU